AUGGAUUUUACUACAAAUAUAAUAACGCUCUUAAAUCCAACGGAAACUAAUGAAAAUGAAAUUCUACGUCUUAAAAAUGAAAUUCUACAUCGUAAAAAUGAAUUGGAAAAUGAACAAUUAUGUCAAGUAGAAAAUAUUAUUGAUAAUAUUAUUGAUAAAAUAGAAAAUGAAGAACAAAAAGAAAAAUUUGAAAUAAAAAAGAAAAUGAAAAUCAUGAAUAUGAUCAAAAUUGUUACAUGUUUAUGGAUUUUAAUAAUAGAAUAUCGUCAAUUUGGUAAUGAUAUAAUGAUAAACAUGAAAGUUGAAUAUAUAUCGGUCAUUAUGAAACCGAAUAUGUGGACAAUAAAAGCAAAGAUAAAUUCAAUAUUUUCCUUAUUAUUGAACAGAUUUAUUUCGUUAAUUUCAAUAUGUUAA